AAAUAGACUUUUUCCAUUGAGUUGCACUUGCCACAUCAUCUCCAAUGCACUGCACCGUUGCAUUGGAGAGGCUCUAAAAACAUCCCAUGUCCUUCGAUCUACCAUCGCAGGUUCGUCACCCUCCGAUCCCACACCUGCAGAGAUUUAGUACCCGCUUCCAUGGAUACCCCGCUAGCCUCUUCACUGCCAAUGAGAUAAACAGAUCUCAUCUACUAUUGAACCACGUUCGUCGAUCUACAACAGAAACUCGCGAAGUUCAGAAGAUCUUUCAUCGGUUCAGUAGCGGAAUCUCCAGAGAGAUUGGGAUUUUGGCCAGCGACGGGAUGUGUUCCAUUGCAGCAUCUUUGAACGCCGCUCAUCCAUUUACUCUACCGGCAUGGGAUGGUAUUGCUAGGAUUUCAGGUCCACCCACUCAUUUCUGGGAGCAGAAGAAGAGGAGACUGAAAAAAAGAGAACUUUUGCGAGCAACCGCGGUGGAGGCUAGACCCAGAAAGGUGCCCGCCAUCAGAGAUCGGUCAUCUGACAAUGGCAAUGUUUCAUUGCAAUCUCUGCAACGAAGUGAGGUCACCUCCUCCCCCCUUCGUUCUAGCUGUGAUCUAGCCGACGAUAUGCAAGCUGAAGCUAGUGCAGUGGGGCGUGCAGCAAAUGCUUCAGUUUAUAGCCCCCAACUAUUGUUCAGCAAGUAUGGCUCUCGACCCAUCAAGACAGUGAGCAGAGCAUUCGAGAUACUACUUGGACUAUGUUCAUUUGCCUUAAAACUGUGGCUGGACAAAUUGAACGGCCAUCUCAACCAAAACAGAAGACUGCGUGCAGUUGAGUUGAGGCAGAUUUUCACUAGUUUAGGUCCUACUUUUGUUAAAAUCGGACAGGGACUAUCCACCCGACCUGAUUUAUGUCCUCCAGAAUUCCUUGAGGAGCUAUCUAAGUUGCAGGAUGCCAUGCCAACUUUUCCUGACAAGGAAGCAUUUUCCUGUAUUGAGAGGGAGUUGGGAUGUCCGCUUGAUUCCAUCUACUCAUCUAUAUCUGCAUAUCCUGUGGCUGCAGCCAGUCUGGGCCAAGUGUAUAAAGCUCAACUGAAGUAUUCCGGUCAGGUUGUUGCUGUUAAGGUUCAACGGCCGGGUGUUGAAGAAACAAUAGGAUUAGAUUUCUACCUUAUAAGAGGCUUGGGUUUGCUCAUUAAUGAAUAUGUUGACACAAUAUCCAGUGAUGUUGUUGCACUUAUUGAUGAAUUUGCUUGUCGAGUUUAUCAAGAGCUCAAUUAUGUUCAGGAAGGACAAAAUGCAAGAAGGUUUAAGAAGUUAUAUGCUGACAGAGAAGAUGUUUUUGUCCCGGAUAUUUUCUGGAACUGCACGAGCGGGAAAGUUUUAACUAUGGAGUGGGUGGAAGGUGUUAAAUUGAAUGAGCAAGAGGCCAUUGAGAGGCAAGGGCUAAAUGUUUUGGAUCUGGUGAACACUGGUAUCCAGUGUAGUCUCAGACAACUGCUUGAAUAUGGCUAUUUUCAUGCAGAUCCUCAUCCUGGGAAUCUCUUGGCAACACCUGAUGGGAAGCUUGCUUUUAUUGAUUUUGGUAUGAUGAGUGAAACCCCUGAAGAAGCAAGAUUUGCCAUUAUUGGUCAUGUCGUUCACAUGGUUAAUCGGGACUAUGAGGCUAUGGCUCGCGACUAUUAUGCAUUAGACUUUCUGUCUCCUGAUAUAGAUGUUUCUCCCAUUGUGCCAGCACUUCAGAAUUUCUUUGAUGAUGCACUUAACUCCACUGUGAGUGACCUCAACUUUAAAACAAUUGUUGAUGGCUUGGGUGCUGUGUUGUAUCAAUACCCUUUUAAUGUUCCAGCGUAUUAUGCAUUGAUUCUAAGGUCCCUCACCGUUUUAGAAGGCUUAGCUCUAAAUGCCGACCCCAAGUUUAAAGUGCUGGCUGCAUCAUAUCCAUAUUUUGCUAAGAGGCUUCUUACUGAUCCGAACCCAUACCUUAGAGAUGCUCUCAUUGAGCUGCUUUUCAAGGAAGGAAAGUUCAGGUGGAGUAGACUUGAAAACCUGCUUGUUCAGGGAAAGAAGGAUCAAGAUUUUUCUGCAAAAGAUGCUUUACAGCCUCUCCUAAAGUUAUUAUUGGGUCCAGACGGCGAUGAGUUACGGGGUUUGGUGACUAAAGAGGCUAUCCGUGUCACUGAAGCUGUCAUUCUAGGAUCAAUUAUUGAAUCAUAUAACCUCAUCCCUGGUCCCAUGAGAUCUAUCUUCAAAAGCAGUGCAGUUGGUCUUCUUGUAGUGAAUACUGAAGAAGAGAAAAAUAUGAUAGAUCUCAGGGCACAAGUAAUCAGGAUAUGGGGUCUUUUGCAAGCCUCAGAGGGUUUUGACCCAAGUCUUCUACAACCAAUUUUACAGAUACUUCAAGAACCUGAGGCACGCCACAUUGGAGGACGUGUGGUGGGUGGAAUAAGCCAACGCCUUGCUGCACGAUUUCUGCAACAAGUUCUUCGUGCUCGUGCAUAGGAAGAUCAUGUCAGUAUAAUAUUACUGCUGCUGUAAAUUUAUUGUUAUCAAUAUGAAAUGACCUUCAAGCAAGCAAAUAGAUAUUGUACACGUUUUUAUAUUAUUACUCUCUGGAUGAGAAUAGUAGAUAUAAACAUUUGUUGUGCUUCAACCUAAUGAAAUGUAAUGCUAGUUAACCAACUAUUAGGUUUCUGACUAGUCCAGAAUAAGAAUGGUCACAAUCCCCAGAUUUGUUCCGGACUUCUAAUUAUAGAAUUUGUGGAUUGGUUCCCC